GAGUUGCGCUCAGUUUUCCUUGGCCUGCGACUGCAUGCCGAUCUGACUCUCUCUUCCUGGCUGCUCUACUUCUUCUUCUCACUUAUCUUCUUCUACUCGCCUUCUCUUCUUUCCCCGCAUUUCUACUCACCACUGUCUUUCAUUCUUCCCCCCCGACACUUGAGCUCUGCGAUCCGUCAAGAUGAGCAAGGUAUUCGAUGCGGCGGAAGUCGCAAAGCACAACACAUCCGAAAGUUGUUGGGUAAUUCUCUAUGGAAAGGUGUACGAUGUAACCGACUUCUUAUCCGAGCACCCUGGCGGUGCCAAAAUUAUUCUCAAGCUCGCAGGUAAAGAUGCCACCGAAGAAUACGACCCCAUUCACCCUCCAGGUCUUCUAGAAGAGAACCUGAAGCCCGAGAACUUCCUCGGGACGGUGAAUGCAGACACACUCCCCAAGGUGCAAGCAGAGCCAGCACCAGAGUCCGCGCAGACAGAAGGGCCACCGCCGAUGGAGUCCCUCCUGAACAUGGACGACUUUGAACAGGUCGCUACCAAAAACAUCAGCAGAAAGGCCUGGGCCUACUACUACUCCGCCUCGGACGACAAGAUCACGAAACACUUCAACACAGAAGUCUACCGGUCAAUCCUCCUCCGACCGCGGGUAUUCGUUGACUGCACCAAGUGUGACCUGGAUACCACCCUGCUGGGUCACAAUCUAGGAAUGCCAAUCUAUGUAUCCCCCGCCGCUAUGGCUCGCUUGGGCCACCCCGCUGGUGAAGCAGGUAUCGCGGAAGCGUGCCGCAGCUUUGGAGCCAUGCAGAUCAUCUCCAACAAUGCCUCCAUGACCCCGGAGCAGAUUGUGCAAGACGCAGCGCCCGACCAGGUAUUCGGAUGGCAGUUGUACGUACAGGUCGAUCGGAAGAAGAGCGAAAAGAUGCUCGCACGCAUCAAGAAGCUGAAGGCCUUCAAGUUCAUCGUUCUCACUCUGGACGCGCCGGUGCCUGGGAAGCGCGAAGACGAUGAACGCGGGAAUACGGUCGGUGCGUCGGCGCCGGUAGCCAGCGCAGCCAUGGCGGCUGAUAAGGAAGCCUCGGGCUCUGAGGAGUCAGCUCAGUUAGGCGGCGUGGGCCGGCAGCUCUUCGCCGGGACGGAUCCUUCGUUGACAUGGAAGGAGACUUUGCCGUGGUUGGCGAAGCAUACAGAUUUGCCCAUCAUCCUCAAGGGUCUUCAGACGCACGAAGAUGCUUACAUCGCCUCUCUUCAUGCCCCUCAAGUGAAGGGUAUCAUCUUGUCGAACCACGGCGGCCGUGCGUUGGAUACUGCGCCUCCAGCAGUGCACACAUUACUGGAAAUCCGGAAGUACUGCCCAGAAGUCUUCAACAAGCUGGAAGUCUGGGUGGACGGCGGCAUUCGUCGUGGAACAGACGUUGUCAAGGCCCUCUGUCUGGGUGCCAGAGGAGUCGGAGUCGGCCGUCCGGCGCUCUGGGGCCUUGGCGCCGGUGGCGUUGAGGGUGUCAAGCGUACCCUGCAGAUUCUAUCCGACGAGACGAAGACUUGCAUGCGCUUGCUCGGUGUAGAAAGAGUCGAGGAUCUAGGCCCUCAACAUAUCAAUACCCGACUUGUCGAGCAACAAAUAUACGAUGGCCCCUCGGGCUUAGAUAGUGUACGGAAUGGGUUCCGUGCUAAGUUGUAGACAUUUCGACUAGUGCAGCAUUGUUUCCUGACCCCUGUAUCCGACAAGAACUUGUAAAUAUUUCCGCAAUAUGGAGGCAUGGUAGAUCCCGCCCAGCACAACAAAGUUUGAUUCUAGUGCAAAUGAAGCAAUUGGCUGCAGAGAUAUUGGGGCUUUGUUGCUGGGUCUGAGAUAAAGCCUGACAAAGUAUAUUGUAUACCAAGACGC